AUGGGAACGUUAUGGGAGAACAUUUGCACAGAAUUUCAAGAGUAUAGAGAACACCUUCCAGAAGAAGAUCCUUCGCCAAAAGUACCAGUUCAAAAUGUGGGACCUGAUGAAGAACUGACCGAUGAUCUAAAAAAGUGCUCGAGCGUUAAGUAUAUUCGAACUCAAAUGAUGCCAAUCCUUCGUGAAGCCUUGACUAAAAUGAUUGAUACAGCCGAAGAUAACGAUGUAUUCAAGUACAAGAGGAAAAACAAAUACAAUCCGUGCGAUUUUCUAACAGAGUUUCUUUACAAUAACAAUCCGAAGCGACAGGGACAGGAGCAUGUCAAACUGAGCGACAUUCCAUUUGUGUCAGAAUGGGACAAGACGCAUCCUCGUCCGAUUUUGCCGCUUUCAAUGCGUAUUUCAGAAGAUAAGGCCGCUAUUAUGAUUCAAUCUUGGUGGAGAGGAAUUUCCGUCCGACAGCGACCCGAAGUGAUGGAACUCAGAGAAUACCAACAAGAUUGGCGGCAGUUAAAGAACGACGAGUAA